GUCCGGUCCGGUCCGGUCCCGGGGAUGUCCGGCGGGGGCAGCCGGCGGCGGGCCGGCCCCUCCUGGCACAGCACUUUCUCUCGCUUCUUCUCCAGGAGCCCACCCGGCGAGGGGGCGGCGAACAGUUCUGAAAACAAAGGGAGCACAGCCAUAAAUUCAAAGAGCAGCCAAAAGGAAAGCACAACUCUGCCUGCACUUUUGAAGGCUUGUCAAAAUGAAGAGAAGAACCAUUCCACAGAAGAGCUUAGCAAGUCUGAAAUCCAGGAGGAGCUGAAAAAGGCUAAUAGCCUUCCUAGUCUGACUCCUGGAAGCAAAACAUCAGGUAAAGAGAAGCAACCCCGAGAAGGCUUUUUUCAUUUCCUUGGAAGCUUAUUUAAUAUUGCAACAAGAUCUUCCCUGGUAGAAUCUAAAUCCUCUACCUUCCAAGAUGAACCCAAUAGAUGUGAAAAGGAUUUACAGAGCACAAAUACCCUUCCAAAGGACAUGCAGCCAAAGCACCCAAAAAUUGAAGAGCCUGCAACUAGAAAAAAAGAGGAAUCUGUAAAUAAAGAUGAUGCCAUCUCAAAUAAUAUUGGGAAAGAUAUCACACAGGAUCUUCAAGGAAGCUGGAAACAAUCCUCAGAUACAGAAAAGCAGACACGACGGAAGCUGGAGGCACCCGCAGUCACAUAUGCAACAUACCGGGGUUCUGCAAGGAUCAGGCAGCUCCUGAGGAACCAGUCAGAAACUGGAAAAGGAGAAAAAACUCCUGAGAACAGAAAUGCUUCAACAGUCAAAGAAAAUGGAGAAGUCCAGACAGCUCUGUCUGUGAAAUCAGAAUGCCUAAUAGAAGAAAAUGGAAGAGAUGAGGGUAAAGAUCACCAAGAUGAUGCCAUGUUAAAUUCUUCUGCAGUUAGAGUGGGAAGCAAACAGUCUGGUAAAGCUCAGCAUUGCUUGGGCAGAAGUAAACAUGAAGGAACUGCAAAGGCCACAACUUCAUCCACUGAAUCAUGUCAUGAGUUGCACUUAAGAAAUGCACCUACUUUAGCUGCAACAAAAGUUAAAAGGACGUAUUCACUAGAUUCAUUAUUGCCAUUUAGUGGUAGAAACAGUGGGAUCCUAACCAAUUCCACUUCUCAGAGUACUCAUUCCCUUAAAGUCAGUUCUGCAAAUGACUUGGUUGGAAAAGAAGAUGGACUGCCAGGAGAAGCAGAAACUCUCUUUCAGACAGACAAAAAUGCCACUUCUAAGUUUGAUAAAGAAAAUCAUUGUAGUAAAGCAGGUAAUAAAGAGUCCCCAAAAGAAAUACAGGGUAAUUGUUUACAUUCACCUAAGUCAAAAAGAAAGACUGUUAACAAAGAACUGCAAGAGGGGAAGGGAGAAUUUUGCUGCAAUCAUCAAGUGAAUAAUCACUCAGAGCAAACAUUGGAUGUCCAGAGGCUUCAUUUCAGUACCACUACAUUUCAGCAGAAAGCAGAUCAGCACACCAGGAGUGACAAUAAAGAUGGUGAUCCCAGAAAUGGUGAUGCACAGAAAAUUGUCACUUCACUCAGCAUGGAAUCCAAAGGAGGAAAGUGCUUGGCCACAGGCAAUCUAACUGCUUCAGUGUCAUUUAUUGGACAUGAUAAAGAUACAGUCAUGGGCAGGGGGACUUGUAAUGAAGAGCUGAGUGGGUCAGGGAAAGCAGUGCAUGUACAAAAUGGCCAUGGGCUAAUCCACGUGGAGAAUUCUAAGGAUACUGCCACACAGCAGACUGGUUUUCCUUGUCCAGGAAAGGAGAGUGAGGAAACAAUGAAGGUUUUGUCUGAGGUUGCAGUGGAAGACCUUGCCAGUGUGUCACCAUGUGCACAUGGGUGUCAAAGUGCGAAAACACAUUUCGAUGAGCUGACAGUGCUUCCAACCCACGAGUCUACCUCUAUGAUGGUUCCUCAUUCUGCCUUGAGAUCUAAUGGAAAGCCUUUGACCAACCAUUCUGCUUUCACCUGUGAAAAAGAUGAUGUAGACUUAAUUUCUGAAUCUCCACCUGUUUCUGAAAGCAGGUGCAUUAAUUUUUCUUCCAAGAAGGAAAACAGCAAUAUGCUUAGGCUAUCACCCACAGUAAUUGAUUCUUCAUCUGACAAACAAGGAAAAAUCCUGCCUUCUGCCACUAACUCUGAAAAUGGCCAGAUUGCUGCUUCUGAAAAGGACGCCUUUAUUUUUCCAGCUGCAGAGUCUGGGAGAAUAAUCCCUGUGAACAGGGUGACCAAGGUGCCACCUUGCUCAGGAGACCUGAGAACUUUGUGCCCAGCAAAUUCUCUGGAAACUGAGAUUACUCCUCCUGUGCCUGAUAGCUGUGCUGAUGGAGUAGAUGCAGAGGCUGGUUGCAUCUCCAGGCCCACUCCUCCUCCUCUGGUAUCCAGAGAAGCCUCCAGUCUUCCUGUUUCUGCCUUGCAGAUGUCUAGCACUGCUCAGGGGAGCAGUAAUUCUUCCAGUCACAGAGCUAGCGAUGGGGCAGAUGAGGCCUUCUGCACUCAACAGGCUGACAGCAGUGUCCCGGCAGAGGCAGUGCCAUCACCCAUCUGUCCCUUGAUAUCUUUGGAAACUGCAUCUGAGUCAGCCCGUUCUGAGACUGUCUGCAGGGAUGCUGUGGGACAGGUGAUUCUUGGUGCUUCUGCUCCUUUGGAAGCCCCUUCUGGCCAAAAAGCUGCUGCACCUGCCCAGGCAAAUGGUCUCUGUUCUGAGAAAGGACAAGAAUGUUCUUCUUUCCCAGAUGCUGCUGUUUUGCUGAAGAAAGCUGAAGAAGUUGUGGACUUGGUUUUACACUUGGCUACAGAAGAAAUAAUAGCAAAAGAAGGCUUUGGUGUCUGCCAGCUUUGUGGGAGCAAGGAUAGUUUAAUAAAUAUGGAUAUUACAAAUUAUCAGAAGGCUGAGAGUGUACAGCUGGCAGCAGGAGAAAUCCAGUCAGCUGUGCAAUCAUUAGAAGAUUUUAAUGAGCCCAGUGGAGGAGGCUCAUCUUCGUUUACAGGAAAUGAAAGAGUGGAUACAAAUAAUCAAGAUGAAAAGAUACUCUCUUCCAUUCCUGAUAAAAUUGAUCUACACAGGGCACUAGAACUAAAAGCAAAAGAAACAGUUGAUGGUGUCAUUAACUCAGCCAUACAGAAACUGGCAUCCAAUCAGCAGCAAGGCACUGAGAGGAAAACACUUUCUGGAAAUGUUCAGCCUAAACCUGAGGCUGAAAUGCCAAAGACUUUAAGUCUGGCUAUGAAGUUUCCUGCCAACACUCAGGAACCAACAGAAGUGGUUGCAACUCAGACUGUAGCUGUAAACUGUGAAAAGACAGAUUGCUCGGGUCCUCCUUUGCUUCCAGAUUGUAUGGAAAAUGGCAUAGGUUGGCCCCAAAAAGAUGAAAAAGUAGCAAAUAAUGAAAUUACUCCUCAAACAAAUGGAUUUCUUCCCUCUGGCAGUUUAGCAAGGCCAGAAUCAGAUCUUCUGACACCAGCAGAAGAGAGGCACAAUGGAAGGGUGUGUGAUCUGGCUGCAGCAGAAAUGUGUGGCCAAGUAUCAGCAGUAAGUAGAAAAUCUGAUGGAACUCAACAUUUUAUGGAUAGAGAUGCUGCUGUGGCUGAAGAAACACUUUUGCCAUUGCAGUUAAAAGGUUCAAGCAAUAAUACAAAUAUGCCAGAGUGCACACUGCUGCUAGCUGCAAAUGUUAAUUUGUCAUCUUUUAUAUGUGGUGAAGAAUGUAUCAGAGUGCAGAGUGACUCCAAAGAUAAAAGCAGCCCUCAGAUGUCUCUGGAAAGCAAUGCAGAGGACAGUCUGUAUGAACACUCUGGGAAAGAGGCUGCAGAGGAAGUACCUGUACAAGAAGAAGCAACUGUACAAAAUUCCAAGGCAGUGGAGAGUGAAGAGGAACUAGCAGAAGGGGCAAAUACUGGAGCAGAGGUUAAUUCUGGGUUAGAUACACAGUCCAAGGUACCUGAACCAUCUGUUCCUGGAGAGGCCAGUGAAGGGAAACACUGCUUCAACACAGUCUUUGCCCAAAAUAAUGGGAAUCUGAAGCUGGCACAAAUCAAGGGUCAAGACAUGGAGAGAAAUGAUCAGCUUGAAGAAAAUGGCCUGGACUGCAGCAGUGACAUGAAGGAACCAACAGAACUUUUGGCCUCUUCUCCACUAAUUGAACAGUGGGAAAACAAUUCUUUUACCAUCAUUUAUGAAGGUGCUCUUCAAACUGAGAACAAAUCCGUCUCAACUGAUGAGAUGCAAACUGGUUCUCUUUCUCCUUCUGAUUUGCCUUCAGAUGAUACAGAUGAUCUAAGGCAUGCUAGAGCAAGGCACAAGCAGGAGUCAGUGUGUCGUUUUGGGCAGGACAGCAAGGUGAGCGAAGCAGCAGAGAGCCGAGGCUCAGAGUCCUUCCUGAGCGUGGAGGCCAAGCGCUACAGGGUUUAUCCUUUCUCUCUGUCCCCCAUCUACGAGGACGACAGCUCCCAGGAAGAUGUGCUGUCCACAGACGUGUCUCCAGAAAGCCGUGCUGGGGGAGUCUCCAAAGACAGCUCUGAGCACACCUCUGUGCUUUCCCUCCUCCAGUCGGUGUCCGAGCGCUUGCAGUUCACUGCCCGCUUCAGCAAAGAGGAGGAGGACGAGGAGGACGGGGUGGAGGAAGAGGAGGAAGAACCUUCAUAUGAGGAAGAUAUUCUUGAUGUUGAGAGAGAAGACAACUGCCUUUCCAGUCAGUGCAGAGGGAAUUUUAACGCAACCCCUCAAUCAAAUGACCAAAGUAGAUCUUUUCUUGAACAAUCAUUUCUUCUUUCAAAAGAGCAGCUUGACUCACAGGAGCAAACAGAACAGUUUCCAGAUGUGUCUUCUCCCAGUCAGACACCUUGUAAACCACUUCCAGAGAAAGCUGAUGCUGCUGUAACACAGCCUCCUACAAGUGUGUACUACCAGUACUUGAAAUCUGCCAGAAAAAGCUCUUCUGAAAAGGAGACCAGGUUUGGAAGCUUUCUUCAGGAUAUGCUGCAGCCAAAGAUUCACUGGUUUCAAAACAACACUGUGCCAAAACUGGGAGAAUUGUCAGCGAACCUCAUUGACAGGUCAAGUCUCAAAUACAACCCAAGACCAGGGAAGAUUAUUAUUUAUGAUACUUGUGGCAACAAAAGUAAACAAGAAGUUCAUUCAGAUGUGCUAGAUGCCUCAUCAUGGAUCUUUCCCAUUGGAACAGUACUUAGGAUAAUUAGAGGAUGUUGGAUUUUUUAUGAGAAACCAAAGUUCCAGGGUCGAAGACAUGUACUAGAAGAAGGAGAAGCUGUGCUGGAUCACCUUUGGGAUCUCCCAGGCAUAAAACAUCAUCAAAGAAACCUCACAGUUGGUUCCAUCAAACACGUAACAAAGGACUGUGGCAUUCCAGAGGUGGAGUUCUGCCUGGCAGCUGGUACUACAGAAGGACUUCCCAUCUGCAUACAGGGUGCAGCUGCCAAUUUAGAAGAACUGGAUGUUGAGAAAAACCCUUAUAUAAGAGUCAGAUCAGGAGUAUGGCUUGCUUAUUCAGACUUGAAUUACAAGGGAGAGAUGACAGUUUUGGAAGAAUGCGAUUCACCACCUGAAAUUCCUUCAGCAGAUAUAAAAUCUCUGCAUCCCUUAAGAAUGGGUGGACUAAAGGUGCAAAUGCCAAUGAAUGUCAAGAUAAUAAUAUAUGAGAAAACCCACUUUGGAGGAUGGUCCAAAGAGUUUUCAGAAAACGUCACUUCUGUCCCAGCACUGUUUGGUAGUGAAGAGGAGUUUCAGGAAAUUGGAUCACUACGUGUAAUUGGUGGAGUAUGGGUUGCCUAUGAUAAGGAACGUUACAAAGGCCAUCAGUUCUUGCUGGAGGAGGGGGAUUAUGAGGACAGAUGCUCCUGGGGGGGAAGUGACAGUGCCCUGCUCUCCUUCCGCUUCCUUCAGGCUGAUUUCAUAGAGUCUUCAGUGGCACUUUUCCAGUCUGAUGAUGAAGAUGGGAAAGCAUUUGACAUCAUCAAUGAAGAAAUCCCUGAUUUGGAGCAGGCUGGAUUUGGCCCUGAGACGAGGUCGAUUCUUGUGAAAAGUGGAGUGUGGGUGGCUUAUCAGCAGAAAUAUUUCUGUGGAGAACAAUAUGUACUGGAGAAAGGGAAAUACAAAUGCUUCUUUGACUGGGGAGGAUCUAGUAAAACCAUCAUGUCAAUUCGACCUGUUAAGUUGGAGCCCCUUGGGACAAAUGAGCCUCCACAUUUGCUCAAAGCUUUCAGUAAUACACAUUUCCAAGGAGCAUGUGUAGAUUUCACAGCAGAAGUUUCUGAUUUUACAUCAUUCAUACCAUGUUCUUUUAAGGUUCUCCGGGGAUGUUGGCUCCUGUGUUACAAAGGGGAAACCACUGACAAUCACUGUGUGCUGGAAGAAGGCCUCUAUGUUGACCUCAGUUCCUGUGGCUGCCCAACUGCUACAAUCAAAUCCCUCAAGCCUAUUCAAUAUGUUUUUGCUGAGCCUUCCAUCAGCCUGUUCAGCCUGGAAUGCUGCAAGGGCAGAGAGCUGCACUUCAGUGAAGCAGUCAAUUCUGUUCUGAACGAGGACCUUCAUUUUUACACCCAGUCUGUGUGGGUGAGAAGUGGAUUGUGGAUUGCCUACGAGGGAUGCAAUUUUUUAGGCAAGCAGAUUCUGCUGGAGCCCAGGGAGAUUUCAAACUGGAGUGAACACAGUGGCUGGAAAGUGAUUGGCUCCCUUCGUCCUGUGAAGCAGCCAGCAGUGUACCUGAGGGUGAGGAACAGGGCCCAGGGCAAGUACCUGAGCGUGGCUGGGAGCCUGGCAGACGUCCGGGCGGCCUCGGUGUGCGCGGCCCCGCGCAGCCGCAGCGACUCCCAGCUCUGGCUCUACUGCAGGGGCCUCCUCAAGUCCAAGGCCAACAAUACCUGUCUGGAUGUCAUUGGGGGCAGAGACCUGCCUGGAGCCAAAGUCGCCCUCUGGACAGAACAUGGGAGGGACAGGCAGAAGUGGAGACUCAAUGAGGAUGGAACCAUCAGUUCAUACCUCAGUGAGCAACUGGUGCUUGAUAUUAAAGGAGGAAAUUACUAUGAUAAGAAUCACAUCAUUAUGAAUCAGCCAAUAGAAAACAGACCUUCACAGAAAUGGGAUAUUGAAAUAUUGUGAGUAAAAUCCACCCCACAGAUGGACUUUUUGUGGGCUACCAUCAUGUAGAGGGGAAAAAAGAACCCAACUACUGAAGUCAUACACCACUGGAACCAUAAGCAGCAACUCCUCUCUCUUUUCCUUUGUGCCAAGCACCAGCUCCUAAAAGAACUGAAUUUUGCACAAAUCUGGAAGAUGGGAGGUUGAUCCAAUGUCUCUCUGCAGAGAAGCUGAUUCUGCAGAGGCUGUUCCUGUGAAAGUCACCAUUGCUCUUCCUCUGAAGUAUGAAAGGUAAAUGCAAAAGAGCAGGCAGAGGUUCUGCAGCAUGGGAAGGGCAAGAGAUAAGAGGGGAAAGGCUCUUCAGAAAUGCUGUCUUUACCUUCCUCUCACCCUGCUGGAAGCUCACUGAGGAGUGAAUGCACUGAUGAGCUUCAAGGAACUUGUGCUGGGUUUUUAUGUCCCAAGUGAAACUGUUUAGGCUCCAAGCGAUCCUGAAUCAUGUAUCUCAUUAAAAUGCAAUUUCUUUUGUUCAUAAAGACACCUUUGAACUGGAAUUCCAGCUCAGCAUGUGAAAUGAGGCAAUACAGGGGCCUUUCAGCCCCUAAGUGACACUGGUAAGCCUUUGUCUUCUCUGCUUCUAACAGCACCAAAACCAACUCACCUUGGCAUGUAUUCCCAAAGGUGCCAGCAGCUGCACUCCAGGGCUGGCUUCAUGCUCCCAGCACAGCGUGGGGACAUCAGGGGCACCGUGGCACCAAGGACAAGUGAUGGGCAGAGCUUGGAGUGCCAGGGCUCUCCUCAAUUUCCACACUAUGCAACCACAGCCAUUGCUCCAACAGAGCCAGACCUCACUGACUGCAGGUGGUGCUUGAAAAGUUUUUUCCUGGCUCAACCACAGCCCCUUGGAAGGCUGUGAACACCUGACAUGGAAGAGAAGGCCCUGAGCUCCCUGGCUUCAGCAGCACUAAAUUAAUCUUCAUUGAAAAUAUAUUUUUUCCAGCAUUUGUACAUUCAGGGUAUGUAUUUCUAGGACUGUUUAAAGAGUUCAGGUUAGCUGAAGACAGAUAUUUGAGAUUCCAAAAGCUGUGCCAGCUGGGCACUCAACCAGGAUCAUCCCCAAACAAAGACAUAACUCGUAAGUUUGCCAUAGAAGUAAAAUAUAUGGAUGUCUAUUUUUGUAUGAAAUUGAGUUCUAUAUAGUACUAUUUAAAAAAAAAAUCUACUUGCACUUACUAUUUUGCAUUCUAAAAUUAUCAUAAAUCUGCUGUUUGAGUAAGAUCCUCAAAUGUAUGUAUAUAUUUUUUCAACUAAAGCACUUGUUAAGCUUUUUUCCAUAUAAGUCAGUACAUCAAGUGUUUGCAUGUGACUUUCCAUAUGAAAUUUUAAAAGCCUGUGUAAAAAGUUGUAGUUUCUUAAACGAAGAAUGACUAAAUCAUACUUGGUGUCUCAGUAUUACAUAACAAAGUAAAGCAGGCUUUUGUACUUAAGAGACCUUGAAUGUAAAAUGCUAAAGCAUGUAUAUUUUAACUGUAUAAAACUUUUCAGGAGAAACAUUUUGCCAGUUGGAUUCUUUUUAAACAAACUAAAUAAUAGUUUUCAGCAGAUGUUGAGCACAUUCCUGUAAAAUAUUUCUUUUCCAAUAGCCAAAAAAGGGGGGUAAGUAUAUCGAAUAUAUGGCUGUGCUCUUAAGUGAGAUUGCAUAUUAAAAAUCAAUGCAGUAUUAAAGUAACUGCACCAGACUCAUCAAAACCCAUUCAAGAGAAUAUUGAAGAUUGUUCAAUAUUCUUGAAGAUAUAGAUUCCAGCUACAGGCUUUUGGGUUACUUUCACUUGAAAUUUGUGCUCAGGGAGGUAGAGGAUAAAUAUUAUUCUUUGUUUAUUCCAGGGCUGGCAGCAUCUGAGGGAAAAGGGGUUUUCUUGGGCAAAGUUCCCUGUGGGAACAGCACAUGCAGCUUUUACCAGGAAGCUUUUGUUCUGUCAGGGCAAUCAAACAGCUUUUCCUGCUGAUGAACUUUACAAAUGAAAAAAACAAGUUAAUGUUUUAUGCCCAAGGUUUUGGAUGCUGUUCCAUGUAUAUCUUUAGAUGUCCUCCCCAUCCCAGCAGCUCUCCAGAGGGAAGGAGACACCACAGCACUGGGGGUACUGAGGAGUGCCUUCAUCCAGCCACACACCUGGAGCUGUGGCUCACUUACCUGUUUUUCCCAGAAGUGUGGAAUAACAGCUAACAUUUGGCACCAGAAAGUAGCUGAGAUAUUGCAAUGCUUUGUUAGCACUACAAACCAGAGGCUGGAUGGAUUUAAAAAAAACUAAUUUAAUAAUCUCUUGGUGUCAAGAGAUGCCUAAUAGCCAGGAGCAGCUAAUUCACAAAAGCAUCAAAGAACUUCAAUCAGACAUUCAGUCCAGAGUGACAAGGCAAGGUUUUCCUUCUCUGCAUCUGAGGUAAGGUUAAGCUCUUUAACAGUAACAGUGCUGCUGCUCCAGAUCUGCUUCAGUGCAUCCAAGUACGACAGAGGGAAACGGAGCCCGUGAGUCUGCUGGGGAAAAAGAGACAGAAAAACCCCUCAGCAAAGUGCAGUGACUUUAUUAUACACCAGAGUGUGAGGCUGGGGGAGGGAGCAGCAGGAAUGUGCUCAGUUCCCACAGCACACUCCUGUGCAUGGGAGCAGCCCCCAAAAGGUAAGAGUUUUAUCCAGAGCUAUUUUACUUAAAGGUAACUCUUCCAUGCUGUAGCACAUUUUACAGGGUAGGGAUGUUUAUGGUACAUGUGACAUCCUCCUGUGGUUUCCACACAGAAAAAAAAAAAAAAUUUUAAAUUUACCCUCUUGCUGACCCUGCCCAUUAUUUGAGCAAUAAUUUUAGAGCUUUAUUUCUAGCUGACACAUGCAGUCUUUGGGCACAGAAGCACAGAGGACCUUCAUUCCCAAACUCUCUUUUUAAGGGCAGGAAAGAAGGUCCUGGGAUAUCUAUGUGCAGCCCAGGUACCAGGGUCCAGCCUCAGCUCUAAAGGAGCAGUGAGAUUUACCUCAAAAGGAAAAUAACAGCCUUGCAGCACUGGCCAAGCCAAAGCCAGGCUGUGCUCUGCUCUGCCUCUUUGCUGGAGUUGUGCAGACCUGAAUUACAUUUCAGAAGAGUGAGUUCUUCACUCCCAGUGCUGCCUGCCCCAGGCUGAAGUGAGCAGCCCUACACAGGGUGUUCAGUGGAUACAGGAGCUAACACAGGUUUAAUGUGACAGAAAUGAGGUGCAGUGAUCCCCAUGGAAUGUGUGCUACAUCUGCAGCAGCCUCCAACAGCACCUGCUGAAGGACACACAAGUAAGAGAAGCUUUUAGUUGCUCCAGCAGCUUUGCUAACUGGGCCAUGGGGCAUGCACAAGAUCUCCCAUUAGCAUCUCAAAUGUUUAAUUAAGCAUGAGAUCACAGUACUUAAUUCUACUAUUCACUGCCUGUGUUGCAAUUUCAGCUCAUCCUGGUACUCUGGGAAUGGGCUGAAAAAUUCUGGAUGCUGAACAACACAGCCAAACCCACAGUGGCAAGAUAAAUUUUGGGGUGUGUUUGCAGGAACAAACCUGUGCCAGGCCGUCCUCACUGGCAGCGUCAUCCUCUGUCCCCAUCAUGUGAGUUUCUCUCCUGUUCUUUAAGGAAUGAUACACAUAAACCAUCUCCCUGCGAAUUUCAUCCUGAAAGACAGCAGGAAGAAAAUGGUCACAGGUGAUCCUCACACUCACCUCACUCCAGUGCCAGCUCCUUAAUUCCAGAGGCCACUGCUACAGCAAGGAAAGCAACUCAUCACCUUCUCAGCUGAAUGACCCAAGAGCCACCUCCCACAGCAAGAAGGGACUCUGCAAAACACCUCUGAAAGUUUAUUUACAACCUUUUGCCUUAAAACUGACCCAGCUGGAGUCACAGGACUGAUGAUACUCUGUAGUAAAAAGGCCAUUUAAGGCACCUCUCCUGAAAAGUCUUAAUGAACAGGUGUGCAUCAAUAAAUCUCCAAUCUGAGACUGAUUUGUCUCUUAAAAAUCACAUGCCCAUUAUCAGUCCUUGGUCAAGGCUGUGCAAUAAAAUUGAAAAAAAAAGUUUCCAAACCCUACACAGUCUCACAGCAAUAUGGACACAAAUAAAAUGGAGGAGAAAAAUCAAAAAGUUAUGGUAUGUUUUUCUUGAAGGGACACAUUCCACUAAUAAAGAAAAAAAAACAAACCAAAAAAACAACCCCCAAAAAAACCCAAAAAAUAACCAACCACACAAACAACCCAAAAAAAACCCAUUUACACAAUAAUCCUCUGUAUGUGUUUCUCCUCCCCCAUUUUUUUUAAGAUAACAAAAAACCUCUUCUAUAAUUUCAUACUAAUAAACCCUCACAGUUAAGGAGCAGACUAAACACAGAAUGAUGCAAAAUGCCAGUAUCUAUGUUGUGGAACAACUGGUAAGUGCCACUGUCACCCACUAGGUACAAACAUGACUCAGUAGAGAAGACUAAAUGCAACCAAGAGAAUUCCUCCUUCUCCUCAGGAACCCUAAUCUUAUAACUUCUUCAUGGUCUUAAAUACAAAGAUUUUUUUCUAAAAAAUCUAUUAUCCAGAGCUAUAGAGGCCAUUUGAGCUGCUGUAAUGACCUACCCCACGUGAUUAAGGAUCACAGACAAUAUAAUUCUGUGCCUCCCUCCAGAAGGCUGGAAUGUGCUCAGCAAACAGCCCCAGGAUCUCCUAACAGCAAUAAUGGGAUGCAGGAUCCAACCAGGCACAACUGCACAACCCUUUUAGUACAACAGAGCAACAAUUCCUGUGCCCCCCACUCCCCACCCCAGGCAUACAAGGUGGGCUCCUUAUACUUACAGCAUUCUCUUGAUCUGGUUCCACAGUGAUGAUAGCAUGGUCUCUAAACUGCAGUCUGAUUUUGCUAUCUAUUUUUGGCAAUUUCCCACCUAAGAAGAAUAAAUUCUCCCUUAGAAAAGGAGGAAGACCAGACGUGAUACAAAUUGAGCCCCCUGUGCACUACCCAUUCUCUUGUAGCAAGAUUUUUUGUUAACCUGUGUUUCCACAGCCAUGAGUUCUCAAACUUGUGGUGGAAGGAGAAAUGAGAAAGAUUUUUAAAUUCUAGGAUAACCUUUAUUUCAGUCUAAGGGAAACAGGUCAUCUCUCUCCUACCAGACACUGGGAAUUGACCAAGAGAGGUGUGCAAACACACACAGAGCCAAGCCCCACACAAAGCUGGCCUAGACUGUGAUGGAAAUGGCCUGUCAGGAAAUGCUACAAGUUUUAAGAGGCAGAUUCAGGCCCCACCAUCACAUCAGCUUUGGGAAGUUCAAACUCUACCUGGAGUCAAAGGAUCAGAGUCACAUCCCAGGCACGGCGGCAAGCGGUGCAUGAUGAAAUCCUUCUUCAUGUCGGAUGAUCUCAGCUCCCUGGAGCUCUCCAGACUGUCUGCAAGCCUUCUCAGAAGGCUGCUCAGCUUUUUGGUGCAGCCAGCUGUGUUCACCUGCUAAACAUCCACAAAGGAUUCAAGCUGAACAGACCAGGCCUAAAGCAGUGCAGCAAAGCAGUGAAAAUCUGGACAAUCCUCUUUUAUCUUUGUUCAGUACCAAACCAAGUUUUGUUUCUUUUAGACAUUCCCCAUGAGCUGUUCACACAUCAAAGCUGAAGCAGCAGGACAGGACCACCAUAAGGAAGUUCCAGAACAAUUCACAGCUUUACUGACUUAAAGAUUGAGAAGCUUGGCCUGACAGAACUUUUUCUGUCUGACAGAUCACCUGGAUGCACCAUUAUUCCCUGAGUCCCACCUACUAACCAUGAGCAGUUGCCUUGGAAUGCUUGUCCUGAAUGCCAUGUCCUCUUUUGCUGUAUCAAACACCAGGCCAGGGAUUGCAUCCAGUAAGAAAUCUCCCCAAGAGCUGAAGGACAGGAAGAAGAAAAAACAUUACUGAAAUAGUUCACUGAAACAAAACACAUAUCCUACUUUUUGUUCCUAACUAGUGUUAAUAAAUAAAACAAUUAUUAAAGUC